CCCAUACAUCAUCGGAACCAUGAGUCAGUCCUCAUGCUCAACCACAAAUCUGCAGCUGCACCACAACUUCAGGUUUGUCCUCUGUGCUAACCACAUGGAAGUCAAAGGUUUCCUGGGCAGAUAUUUGCGCCGCAAGCUCGUCGAAUCAGAAAUCAGAACCGGCAUACGCAACAAUGACUUAAACCGGGUUGUAGACUGGAUUCCUAAAGUCUGGGCACAUCUAAACAAAGCACUGGAGUCACACAGCUCUGCAGAUGUCACAAUUGGUCCAAGAUUAUUUAUGUCAUGUCCCAUGGACAUCGCAGGGUCUCAGGUCUGGUUCACUGAUUUGUGGAACUACACACUAGUGGAAACAGUCCGGGAGGGCUUGCAGGUUUAUGGAUGUCGCAGUGCCUGGGAGGACCCAACUGACUGGGUUCUGGAGUCCUACCCAUGGCCCAACCGUGGAUCUGGGACAGGUCUAAUGCACAUCCGAGCAGAUGAUCUAGGAUACGAACCGCAACCACAAACAUCUUCAUCACCCUCGCUACAAGGCAUGACCAAAUCGCCCAUUAUUGACAGCAAAGAAAACGAUCCAUUG